AUGAGGACAGCUGGGCCAGAAAUGGAAUUCCCCCAGCUGUCAUCCACGGCUACAGUCACCUCCAACUACGACUACUACUAUGAUGACCAGUGCCAGAACCAGCACCUGCAACAUAUGUCUACUUUCCUCCCUAUCCUUUAUAGUGCCGUGUUCCUGGUGGGCAUCAUCGGCAACUCAGUCCUGAUAGCGGCCUUGGUCUUCAAGCGACGGGUCCAGAGGCUGAUUGACAUCUUUAUCAUCAACCUUGCUACAUCUGACUUCAUCUUCCUCAUCACGCUGCCUUUCUGGGUGGACAUGGAGGUGUCGGACGAGGGCUGGAGGGUAGGAUCUUUCCUCUGCAAAGCUAGUUCCUAUGUCAUCUCAGUCAACAUGUACUGCAGCAUCCUGCUCCUCACCUGCAUGAGUGCCGACCGGUACCUCGCUAUCAUGCACCCCUCUAUCGCGCGACGGGUCAGGAGGAGGUCCUAUUCCACAGCCCUCUGCAUCUGUGUCUGGUUGUUAUCCUGCUGCUUAGGGAUGCCAACUCUUUUGUCCAGAGAACUGAAGAAGCACUCUGGAAAGACUUACUGCGGAGACAAAGCCGUGACAGAAGGCAAACAGAUCAUGUCACUGAUGCUUUUAAUCCUGGCCUUCUUCUUCCCACUGUUGAGUAUCUUAACCUUUUACUGCUCCAUCACCAAGAGACUCUGUGUGCACUAUCAAAAGGCUGGGAAACAUGAUAAGAAACUGAGAAAAUCCAUCAAGAUCGUCUUCGUUGUAGUGGCAGCUUUUGUUGUCUCCUGGGUUCCUUUCAAUCUUUUCAAGCUUAUGGCCAUUCUUUUGCAACUCCUAAAGCAGCCCGACUGUGUUUCUGGCACAGUUGCUCAGCUGGGCAUAAAGGUGAGCAGUCCUUUUGCUUUUGCCAAUAGCUGUGCCAACCCUUUCAUUUAUUUUUGUUUUGACAACUACAUCCGCAGAGCCAUGCUCCAGUGCCUCUGCCCACGGGUGAAAAUCAGCAGCAACAGCUCUGAUACCCUGGACACUCACCUGAGCCAUUCCUUAUCCAAUUUUGUGGCAGGGGAGUGUGCCACCAGAAAGAGGAAGCGCUCUGUGUCCCUCUGA